AUGUCAAAAGAGAUUCAGGAAGUACUUGGUUACUGUGAAGAGAACUUUGAGAAAGGAAAUCUCGAGCUUGCAUUACGUUGUGCAGUCUCAGUCUCCAUGUCGAAUCCAAACGCACCUGAGCCUUACGCACACGUCACAGCUUACAGAAUCCUUCUCACGGCAGCUAACAAUCGAACCGCCACAAGAGAGCCUGACUAUUACGCCGUGUUGGGGAUCAAACGUGGAUCAUCCUCGAAGACGGUGGCUAAAUCGAUUGAGAGGCGGCGCACGGAGAUAACGGAACUGUUUAAUAACGGUCAGAUUGGGGAUUUUAAGGCGGUUUUCGGGGUCUGUGAUCUGCUCAAACGCGGCAUAGCCGAGCUGAAGAACGAUGAUAGAAGAAGAGCAUAUGAUCUACGUUCUGGAUUCUCUCUUGUGGACUGA